GCAAAAAUAAAAAAUAACCAGAGAAGCAAAAUCCAAAAUCAGCGGCACCUCUUCACUCACUCCUUCAUCUCUCAUACAUAAUCUCCUUUCUCUCUCAUUGUUUCAUAAGAAUCACUGUUCCCAAUAUCCAAUCGUCGAUGAAUUCCCCUUUCUCCUUCAAUCCAUCUCAUCCUUUCUGAAAAUAAGAAAAACUGCUUCUGUUUUGGUCUUCGAUUUCUUCCCAUGGCGACUCCGUCUGAUGCUCCGCCAAGUUCGGCUGACGAAAACCCCCAAAAUUCAGUUCUCACUCAGCCGACCAAUGAUAAUUUUCAAGACACUGUGAAGGAAAGUUCUCCCACUUCAGUAUUUGUGAACUCGGAACCCAUUCGAGAAGAUCAAGUACAAAACGCAAUAAAGUUUCUCUCGCAUCCAAAAGUUAGGGGAUCACCCGUAGUUUACAGAAGGUCGUUUCUCGAGAGGAAGGGUCUCACAAAAGAGGAGAUCGAUGAAGCCUUUCGACGUGUUCCUGAUCCAACCCCACCUGUUACAACGACGCCAUCGGUUGUUACUAAUCAAGAUGGGCAGAUUAAAUCUUCUGGAAAUGUUCAACAGCAACCUCCAGCACAAGCGUUACAGCAGAUUACGCCCGUUGGAAAUGUGAAUAGUAAUUCGAAAAUGGGGAGACUAGCUCGAUUCCAGUGGUACCAUGGUAUUCUUGCUGUAGGCUUUCUCGCCGUAUCAGGGGCCGGAACAGCAAUACUUUUCAAGAAAGCAAUUGUUCCUAGGUUCAAGUCUUGGAUUCGUAAAAUUGUAUUGGAAGAAGACGAAGAGGGCGUGAUGAAGAAAAACGAUGCGAAACCAAGCAUAGCGGAAGAAGCUGCCGCCGCUGCAAAAUCUGCCGCCGCUGCAGCGGCUGAUGUAGCUCGAGCAAGCCAGGAGAUGUUGAUUACGAAAAGUGAAGAGAAGAGAUGUUUUGAAGAGCUUAUCAAAAUGUUGAAUGUCCAAGUACACGAGAUGAAAUCGAUGAGUAACGCAAUACAGAAGUUGGAAGUUGGACAAAGUAUAAAUGGUAGAAUUGCUGUGGAGGAACAAUACCAAAGGGUCUCAGGAACCAGUUCAAGGCAACCUUAUGCCAAUGGCAGGGCAGAUACUGAUUCUCGUUCAGUGAGAUCUUUGUCACCGCCUGCGCCAGUGGAACCUUCUGCUGCUCCUCAUCCUAAGUCGUAUAUGGAUAUAAUGGCUAUGAUACAAAGAGGGGAAAAACCCUCCAAUAUAAGGGAGAUCAAUGAUGCACCACCGAACCCCAGUCAGCCAUUAUCAAAUCCACGUUUAGCACCAAGGCUUAAGCCAUGGGAAUCUCAGAAUAGCGCCCCCAACAAUUAUCCAGCUCAAGAUAGCAUCAACGCCUCAAAUUACGAUUUCCAAGAUAACCAGAUGAACGGAGACAAUGCAGCAGCAUCUUCUUGGUGGCAACAAAAGAACGCAAGAAUCACAGAAAUCGAAACUCCCAAUACGACAAUGGUUAACGAACGUGGGCCCCCCGCCAUUCAGAGGUCAUCAUCGUGGGUGCCACCUCAGCCGCCACCUGUCGUGAUGCCUGAAGCAGCUGCCGCCAUACGGCAACCCAAAAAAUCUCCGUAUCAAAUGGAGCAGUUGACCGACGACCAACUACUUGCUCGUUCUUCUGCAGAUGCAAACGACGAGUUGCAGAGAAUUACGAAAAUAUCCGAAUCUGGAGGUACUGUACUGGAUAGUACUAAUGGUGGAAUUUAUUCCAGCGAGAUAUCGAAUGAAGAGAAUGGCUCGUAUUUCGAGACUUGAUUAAUUCGAGGUACCGUAUAGCCGAUAGGGAGUUGAUCGUAAUCGGAGAAUAGAGCAUAUCGAUCUUAUUCCACAAUCAUUUAGUUCCGAGUUUUAAAUUAAAAAAUAAAUAAAUAUAUUGUGGUACAUAAACCAUUAAUUAUAUAAGGUCCACUGUUUGUGUUGAGCACAAUUUGUUAUCUGCUGAACAGGUAAUCAAUCUGUUAUCCAUGAACCAUUUUUUUCGGCCUUCGAAUUUUGGUCGUCUUUAGGUGUUAUUUUUCGAGUAGAGAAACGAGUAGUGCUUCUUAAUCUAAUUGCAACAUCUGAUCUGCUCUUUUUGCUUUA